AUGGAGACACAGGAUGCCCUCAAUCACCAGCUGAACCUUGGUCGAAGCUCAGAUCUAUCCAUACCUCUCUCCUUCAAGCUUGAUAGCCUCGAAGGAAAGCGUCCGACCAAGCCACUUUCCUACCUCCUCGAGCAUCCCGAGGCAAGGUUUGUAGGCGUACAUAGCUCUCGUCCAUCCGAUCUCUACAUCACAGUCCAGCUCUAUGCAGGCAAUAAGCCCAUGACAAUCGAAUUUCAGACUCCACACAAGCGAUUCCCUGCCUCCUCGAAGGGUCCGAUAGACAGCUAUACAUGGAGUCAACCGAUGACACUGCCCGUUCCCAUCAAACUGCUGCCCCUUGACGCGCAGCUUGCCAUCACAAUAUGGGACACUGCUGGUCCUUCUACAGGGCCCACAAGCAACGGCUUCAAGGCAAUCGUUGGCGGUACGACGCUCUCGCUCUUCUCGAGGAAGCGCACACUGCGCAAAGGAAAGCAACGCUGCUUAGUCUGGCAAGGCUCACAUGCCGAUGGAUCUGUUCACACCAAUACGCCUGCAAAGGUGAAGCCAGACGAUGGCGAAGCAGAUGAGAUGGGAAGACUAGAGAAGCUCGUCAAGAAGUACGAAGGAGGGGAUAUAAAGCCUCUGGAUUGGUUAGACAAGCUAACGUUUCGAGAAAUCGAGAGGAUCCAUGCUGAGGAGUCGGUCAAAUCCAAUAAGCUCUAUCUCUACGUCGAUCUGCCAAGAUUCGAUCAUCCCAUCAUCUUUCACGAACUAGAGUACCCACCUCCUUCUCUUCCUCUUCUGUCUGUGCCAUCUAGCAACACUGCGCAAUCUACCACGACUACACUCACUUCUUCCGCCUCCUCUCAUAAUCCCAAUGCGCCCGCACAGUCGUCAUCGCUUGCCAACACGGUCCAAUACGAUGUCUUCAAGGUCGUCGAUCCAGAGAUAUGUCGGCCCAAUCCCGUCGAAGCAAAGCACAGGCGUCUUGUUCGAAGUCAUCGUUCGGGCGCACUCGAUCGCGAGCUCAAACCUGAAACACCACAGAAGCGCGAUGAGCUCAACGAAAUAUUGCUCUAUCCACCCACGCAGCCCCUGACUCCAGAUCAGCGAAACAUGAUCUGGAAAUAUCGCUUCUACCUGAGCAAGGACAAACGAGCCCUGACGAAGUUCCUCAAGAGCGUCGUUUGGUCUGAUCUGGGCGAAGUAGAGCAGGCUAUCGACGUGCUCUUGCCGAUGUGGACAGCCAUCGAUAUCGAUGACGCUCUCGAGCUUCUCGGUCCCGGUGAAGCGUUCAGAGAUAGUCGAGUCAGGAGCUAUGCUGUCUCUGUGCUAGCGCGCGCGGAUGAUGAUGAAUUGAUUCUGUACUUGCUUCAGCUCGUGCAAGCACUCAAGUUCGACGCCUCGGCAAGCAGCGCGGCGGUACAUCAGAGUGUCAUGGCUUCGCGCCAUUUCAACAAACGAUCUUCUGUUACCCAGAACACGCACACCCAAGUCACUUCGCUCGAGGACUUCCUCAUCGAGAGAGGCGUCAAAAAUCUCGUACUAGGCAACAAGCUGCACUGGUACCUCAUGGUCGAAUGUGCGGACAGGCUGACGGGAAAGCUCUACGGCAAAGUUGUCUGGCGAUUCAUGACGCGCAUGCUCGAGCGGCCGGACGGAACGGCGCAGCGUGAACUGCUCAAGCGGCAGGGCGAGUUCGUCGCAACGCUGAGCAAGCUGGCAAAGGAUCUUCGCUCCAGUAAAGAUGCCAGGCCGAAGAAGAUCGAGAAACUCAAAGCGAGCAUCAACGAUCAACGAGCAGGCCUGCAGCAUUUCGCUCCAUUACCUCUACCGCUCGAUGCUCGCAUUGAGAUUGUGGGCAUCGAUGCAGACACGUCCAGUGUGUUCAAAAGCAAUCUGUAUCCCCUUCGCUUAGGCUUGCGACAAAGCGAUGGCUCAGAAUUUCCCGUCAUCUUCAAAAAUGGUGAUGACCUGCGCCAAGAUCAACUCGUCAUCCAGUUGUUCACUCUUAUGGAACGCUUGUUGCGCAAGGAAAAUCUGGACCUCAAGCUGAUGCCUUAUCAAGUUCUCGCUACCGGUAUAGCAGACGGGAUUGUGCAGUUUGUUCCCAGUCGAACGCUCGGUGAGAUAUCGAGCGAAUACGGAGGGCAAUUGCUCGGCUACCUGCGAGCGCAUCGUCCUGACACGUCAAGCGAAAUCACAUUCGGCGUCGAAGCUUCGGUACUGGACACCUACAUCCGAAGCUGCGCUGGCUAUUGCGUCGUCACGUACCUCUUGGGCGUAGGGGAUCGCCAUCUCGAUAACUUGCUACUAUCACCGGAUGGUCACUUCUUUCAUGUCGAUUUUGGCUACAUACUCGGUAGAGACCCCAAGCCAUUCCCGCCUGCGAUGAAGAUCUGCAAAGAGAUGGUUGACGCAAUGGGCGGCGCUUCUUCACCUCACUACCUGCGUUUCCGCAACCUCUGCUUUACGGCCUUUACCAUUCUGCGUAAGAAUGCGAACCUGAUUAUCAACCUUGUCGCACUUAUGGUGGAUGCCAAUAUACCCGACAUUCGUCUCGAGCCGGACAAGGCAGUGAUGAAAGUACAAGAUAAAUUCCGGCUCGAUCUGUCGGAAGAGGAUGCCAUCCGCUACUUCGAGGGCUUGCUCAAUGAGACUUCGUCCUGGGCAGCCGUGCUCGAUCGACUUCACGCUGCAGCUCAGUAUUGGCGCAGAUGA